AACACUUUAUGCGGGACAUCAAUCAUACAUGCGACUAAGAUAAUGUUUGCUGUUACGGCUACUCGGUGUUAAGCUGGCCAUUUGAGAUGGAGAUCAAAGAAGCGAAAUCACCUGCCUGUGAACAUACAUUCACAUCUUAUAAUUGAAUCAAUUUCCAGACAACAAUAACAACGUACUCCUUUAGUUUUUAAAAACAUUAUUAGACCCAAAAUGGAUGAAGUCGAGAAAUUGGAGUAUCUUUCCCUUGUUUCAAAAAUUUGCACAGAAUUAGAGAAUCAUCUUGGUAUGAAUGACAAGGAUUUAGCCGAAUUUAUCAUUCAUUUGUCAGAAAAGAAUAAUACGGCCGACAGCUUUAAAAAGGCAUUGCUAGAAAAUGGGGCAGAGUUUUCCGACUCCUUUAUAUCAAAUUUAUUACGAAUAAUUCAACAUAUGAAGCCUAAAAAGGACGGUGCAUAUAAACAGGAAAAACCCGUAGAAAAAGGUAGUUUGGCUCAAAAGUUUCCAGGCUUAGCUAUACCUAAUGAGCCUCAAAAGCCAUUAACUCCUGUUGAAAACUUGGAUUCCAAGAAAGAUGAUGAUAAAGAUAUUGUCGCUGAUCUUAUGGCGCAAUUUGAGGCUGACGCUCCAUCUGUGAAAACAAACAAUGAAAAGGAGUUGGCACGGAGGAGAAGGUCGACCUCUACUCAUGGAUCGAAAUCCAGAUCUAAACGUAGGUCUAGGUCUAAGUCUAGAGAGAGGCAAAGAGAUAGAUCGAGGGAAAAAAGGAGGGAAAGAUCUAGAGAUCGUCACUAUGGUAGAGACAGGAGAAGUGACCAAAAUAGGUCAAGAGAGAGGCACAGAAGUAAAUCUAAAAGUAGAUAUAGAAGUAGAUCUCGCGAAAAGAAAAUAAGAAAUAAAAGAGAUAGAAGUCGUUCAAGGAAUCGAAGGGAAAGAAGUUUUGAAAGGAAAAUUAAAUAUGACAAAAGCAAUUUAGAAAUCGAUGAUGAUCCCAUUCCAGGGAAGAUUUACAAUGGUAAAGUUGCAAAUAUUGUGCCAUUUGGUUGUUUCAUUCAAAUAGAGGGAUUAAGAAAAAGAUGGGAAGGUCUAGUACAUAUUUCUCAGUUACGGGCAGAAGGUAGAGUAACACAAGUAUCAGAAGUUGUGUCAAGAGGAAGUAAGGUCAAGGUUAAAGUUCUUUCUGUGACUGGUCAGAAGGUAUCUUUAUCAAUGAAAGAUGUCUGUCAGAUGACCGGUAAGGACUUGAACCCAUUAUCUCAUGCUCCCACAGAGAGAGAAGACAAAGAUCGUAAUCCUGACAGACCUAUUCAUAAUAGCACAUCUGUUCUUCGACUACCAGUUAGUUUGGAUGAGAAUGAGGAAGAUUCCAGGAAGAGAGUUACAAGGAUAUCUAGUCCAGAAAGAUGGGAAAUCAAACAGAUGAUUUCAUCAGGUUGUAUAGACAAAAGUGAGCUUCCUGAUUUUGAUGAUGAAACUGGUUUGCUGCCAAAAGAUGAAGAAGAUGGAGAGGCUGAUAUUGAAAUAGAAUUAGUUGAAGAUGAACCUCCUUUUUUGCAAGGCCAUGGAAGAGCUGUUCAUGACUUGAGUCCUGUCAGAAUUGUCAAAAACCCAGAUGGUUCGUUGGCACAAGCUGCAAUGAUGCAGUCGGCGCUAGCCAAAGAGCGACGUGAACAAAAAAUGCUACAGAGGGAAGCCGAAGUAGACUCUCAACCAUCAGGCAAAAAUAAAACUUGGAUCGACCCACUGCCAGAAGAUGAAUCCAAAGUAAUGUCAUCAAGAGGAAUUGGUCUACAAUCUCAAGACUUACCAGAGUGGAAGAAACAUGUUAUUGGUGGCAAAAAGUCGUCGUUUGGAAAGAAAACAAACCUUAGCAUUAUUGAACAGAGGCAGUCAUUACCAAUUUACAAGUUGAAGGAGGAGUUGCGCAAGGCGGUAACUGACAAUCAAAUUCUCAUCGUGAUUGGCGAAACGGGAUCGGGCAAAACCACUCAAAUCACGCAAUAUCUCGCGGAGGAAGGAUUUACUGCGCGAGGCAAAAUAGGUUGCACUCAACCCCGACGUGUUGCGGCGAUGUCGGUCGCAAAACGAGUUGCUGAAGAAUUUGGGUGCAGACUGGGUCAAGAGGUGGGCUAUACAAUCCGCUUUGAGGAUUGCACGAGUCCAGAGACGAUAAUCAAAUACAUGACAGACGGUAUGUUACUGCGCGAAUGUCUAAUGGAUCUAGAUUUGAAAUCCUACGCGGUGAUAAUGUUAGACGAAGCUCACGAGAGAACUAUACAUACCGACGUUCUUUUCGGGCUUCUCAAGCAGGCAGUGACUAAACGUCCAGAACUUAAGCUGAUAGUAACAUCAGCCACUUUGGACGCCGUAAAAUUUUCUCAAUAUUUUUUUGAAGCGCCAAUAUUCACCAUACCUGGCAGAACAUUCCCUGUGGAAGUGUUGUACACUAAAGAGUCUGAAACCGAUUAUUUAGAUGCCAGCUUAAUAACUGUCAUGCAAAUUCAUCUAAGAGAACCACCGGGUGACAUCUUGUUGUUUCUUACUGGCCAAGAGGAAAUCGACACUGCCUGUGAGAUUUUGUACGAAAGAAUGAAAUCGUUGGGACCCGACGUACCCGAGCUUAUCAUUUUGCCCGUUUAUUCUGCAUUGCCGUCCGAAAUGCAGACGAGAAUAUUCGAACCUGCCCCGCCCGGCAGUAGAAAGGUUGUCAUAGCGACGAAUAUAGCGGAAACAUCGUUGACCAUAGACGGAAUAUUUUAUGUCGUCGAUCCCGGUUUCGUAAAGCAAAAAGUUUACAAUUCGAAGACGGGCAUGGAUUCCCUCGUCGUUACGCCGAUUUCUCAAGCCCAGGCGAAGCAAAGGGCCGGAAGGGCAGGUCGCACAGGACCAGGUAAGUGCUACAGAUUGUAUACGGAACGGGCUUACAGGGACGAAAUGUUGCCUACUCCCGUUCCGGAAAUUCAGCGCACCAAUUUGGCCACGACUGUGUUGCAAUUGAAAACUAUGGGCAUUAACGACCUGUUGCACUUCGAUUUCAUGGACGCGCCGCCGGUCGAGUCGCUCAUAAUGGCGUUGGAGCAACUUCAUUCUUUAUCAGCUCUAGAUGACGAAGGAUUGCUGACAAGGCUCGGUAGACGGAUGGCGGAAUUUCCACUGGAACCGAACCUAUCAAAGAUGCUGAUUAUGUCGGUUGCUCUGCAGUGUUCCGAUGAAAUACUGACCAUCGUCAGUAUGCUCUCGGUCCAAAAUGUGUUCUAUCGACCGAAAGACAAGCAAGCAUUGGCCGAUCAGAAAAAAGCCAAAUUCAAUCAACCAGAAGGUGAUCACUUGACGCUUCUCGCUGUGUAUAACAGUUGGAAAAAUAACAAAUUUUCUAAUGCCUGGUGUUACGAAAACUUUGUACAAAUUAGGACACUGAAAAGGGCCCAGGAUGUGAGAAAACAACUGCUAGGGAUUAUGGAUCGCCAUAAACUGGAUGUUGUUUCCGCCGAAAGGAAUACAGUGAGAGUACAGAAAGCGAUCUGCUCCGGUUUUUUUAGGAACGCGGCCAAAAAGGAUCCACAAGAAGGAUACCGAACCUUGGUGGAUAGUCAAGUGGUUUACAUUCAUCCAUCAAGUGCCCUCUUUAAUAGGCAACCAGAAUGGGUUAUCUACCACGAACUGGUCUGUACCACAAAGGAAUAUAUGAGGGAGGUGACUACAAUUGAUCCAAAAUGGUUAGUUGAAUUCGCACCAGCUUUCUUCAAAUUUUCUGACCCGACUAAGUUAAGCAAAUUCAAAAAGAAUCAACGUUUGGAGCCGUUAUAUAAUAAAUAUGAGGAACCCAACGCGUGGCGAAUAUCAAGAGUCAGAAGAAGAAGAAAUUAAAUUAUAGGUGCUAUUUAUUUCCCAUUGUAAAUAUAAAUAAAAAUACCGGAAAAUCAGUUAAAAUUCGGAUUUUUUAAAUAAUAAUAAACACUAAUGAUGAAUUAUAAACAUUCCAACCUAUUGCAAGAUUUGAUGAUUUGUUUUAAAUUUUACUUUUAC